ACACACCGUGGAUAAUUGAGGAAGCUGAGAAAUUUCAAAUCGUUUCUAAUUAUUUUUACCUUUUAUUCAAAGUUGCGAGUAAAUUUUCAAGUUUUAUGUGAAUAUUCGAUUGAAUUAUCGAGGCUUCUGUUAUCGUCGAAGGGGACAAUGAAGAUUUUAAAAAAAACGGUACCAAACAUGCCAUCGACUUAUAGUAUCGUGGCGAUGUUUGUGGGGCUGGUCUUUGCCGCUAUUUUGGAUCUCACUUCAGCCGGAAGCUGUAGAGAAGCAAAUCUCUGUUGUCCUGGCAGAGACUCUGCCUGCGUCGUGCAGAAGGCUUCGCCGAAUGCGAUAAUCGAAGUGCUUUCCGAUAAGCCUUGCUACUGUGACCAUGCGUGCAUCAAACUCGGCGAUUGCUGUCAUGACUUCAAAGAAGCCUGCGGAGUUGUCGACUGCGUUGUCUCCGCUUGGGGACCCUGGUCAACGUGUGACAGUGAAUGUGGUCCUGGAGCGCAAACACGGUCAAGGAUGGUCGAACGCGCUGCUGAAAAUGGAGGACAACAUUGCCCUCAGUUGGUCCAGCACAGGGGAUGUCAAGGAACGAAGUGUAACAGGCGUAAUCCGAAAUCCGCUUUGAAAGAGGUCGCCCUUCUCCUGCCUGCUGAGCUCAGCGAAACACGCCAUGUUAAUGACAGCAACGACAUCCGCAGCAACCUUCGUCUCCGUUAUCAAGAUGACCCGGAGCAUGACGCCUCGAAGGAAUACUGCGUUACGUUUACCGUGACUAAAGCUUCGAAAGCUUGCUACAAGGAGACGAGCCUCGUUGGGCUAACGGAAGGUGCUCACGUAUGUGUUCAAUGUCAAACGCAGGCGUUGAGACGCGUUUUGGACUGGCGAUGCGAAGGAGAUGGUGGCGCCGAGGCGAUGAUCACCAGGUGGAGCAUGCUAUCGUCGGCACAUUGCCACGGUAAGUGGCUCCGAACAUCGAAGACAGGACCGGAAUGCGACGCUUCGGUGUGCCAACCUCAGCCCCAUUUCAUUUUCGUUUAAAUCUGCAGCGGUGUCUUACGUAACGAGCUGCAAGAAUCCGGACCGAAUAAAUUUGGUUCAAUGGUUGCCUUUCCUUAUAAAAUCUCCACUGCGUUUGCCUCGAUUGUUCAUAAUCCUCCUUCAAGAUUCUUCUUUUCCGUGAAUCUGAAAUCUUUUCAUCCUAUCCCAUCAUGUUAUAGGUGGAUUGUUCUUUUGUCAUCCUUUAUUACAAUUUUACCAUAAAACCGUAAACCUAAUCCAAUGUAAAUGUUAAUCAUCGAAGAAGUGAUUAUUGUCAGGAAAAAAUUUAUUAUUUCCU